UUCAAGUCAUUCCACUCCCUUUAUUCCCCACAAAAAUUUAGAGUCACACAUCUUCCUCAUAUAAACACACCCACACCCACAUUCACAUUCAUAUUGAACACAACAAAUCAGACACAUACAUCACUAAAGUGAAAAAUCUCCAUUCAUUCACCAUAAGGAAAUGCCUUCACCAGUGCAGCCAAGUCACUCUCCAUCUGCUGAAGGAGAGAAACACAAGCAAUUGGAUAGAGAGAUUAGGGACAUGGUCUCUACCAUCACUCACAAGGUCACAGAUUUUCACAAACCAGGCUCAACCCACCAUUUGAAUAACGAUGAACAACAUGGUUUGAGCAUGGUUGCCCUUGUAGGAAACAACAACGGUGCCACCAUGAGAAGUGAAUUGGAUGAAAAAUCAGGCAACCCUUCUCAUGGUGAAGAGCCAGAGGCUCUCAGCACCUAUGUUAACAGCAACUUCCAAGCCAUCAACAACUCAAUCAUGUUUGGUGGCAGCUAUCAGGCCAAUGAUCCAGGUGUGCACAUGGAUAUCUCAGAUUUCUCCACUGAGCAUCACCAAGGCCACCAUCACAAGGAACAAAAGCAUGGGAAGAAGGGAAAGAAGAAAGAGAAAGAAGCUUCCAAACACAAAAAUAUUUCAUCAUCAUCAGAUUCUGAUUGAGCUUAAUGUGGUGCUGAAAGCAAUGAAACAGUUGAGUGCCAGAGAAUGCAUGCAACCUACUCCAUUGUGACAUGUGAGAAUAGAACCUCUUGUGUUGAUUGUUAAGCACUAGCUAAUCAUUUCUCAAGUAUGUUUGAAUAACCAUGUUUUUGUAAUAUGUUGCUUGUUUUGUGUUUAUUCCUUUAGCUUUGUGAAGCAAUGGGAGUAUUUAAUUUUCUCGUCAUAUGCAUAAUUGUAAUCUCUACGCCAAGAGUUUAUGAACAUUUUGAGUUUUGAGUCAA